AGGCCCUCCAGCGCGGUGAAAAAACAAAAAUUUGUUGUGCUUGUCAGGACCCAAGGAGCGAGCUGCUUGUUCGGGCACACGGACCGGUCGUCCCUCAUUCCCUCCUCAUCUCCCACCUCUGCUGCUCUCUUCCGCCGUCUUCGUCUCUUUCUGCUUUCCUUCGCUUCUCUGCUUCGUUCUUGCUGCAAGAUAGGAAUUUAAUAGUUGCAAUUGCCCUUCUCCGCCCCGGUCCACCACCACCAAGACCUCAACCGCAACCAACAACCACAUCCCUCACCACCACCACCACGGUCACAUCCCUUUCUUCCCUCCCAACGACAUCUCACCCCUCACACCCACGCAACAUCGCUCUCUAUCCCGGCCUCUGGUGGUUAUUCUUACGGCUUCGACUGAUUCUCACUUGACUGUGAGGACCUCCCCAGCCAAAUCGAGGUGCUGGCGUGCUUGCUUCAACAACAGUUGAUGAUAUAGAGAUACCUCGACGGCGCUUCUAUUCUUAAAACUUUUAAACCAUGUACGGCACUUCUACGGGCCCGCAGACGGGCAUCAACACACCCCGCUCCUCGCAGUCCCUGAGGCCUCUUUUCCUCUCCCACGGGUCUCUCGAAUUCUCCUUUCUCGUCCCAACCUCCCUCCACUUCCAUGCAUCACAGCUCAAAGAUGCGUUCUCCGCGUCCCUCCCUGAACCCACAGACGAGCUCGCCCAGGAUGAUGAGCCAUCUUCUGUUCCUGAACUCGUCGCUAGAUAUCUCGGUUUCGUUGCGCGACAGGUGGAGGAAGGCGAAGAUGACGCCCAAGGCUCAUACAUAGACCUGCUUAAGCUGGCUCUGAACGAAUUCGAGCGGGCGUUCAUGCGAGGAAACGACGUGCAUGCCGUCGCUGGCUCUCUGCCGGGUAUCACCGCCAAAAAGCUGCUGGUCGUCGAGGCUUACUACGCGGCCCGCGCGUCUGCAGCCAGGCCCACAAAACCUCACGAGUCAGCUUUACUCAGGGCUGCCGCUGAUGGUACUGCAACAUUGUACAGUGUGUACGGCGGACAAGGCAACAUCGAAGAGUAUUUCGACGAACUUCGGGAAAUCUAUUCUACCUAUCCUUCUUUCGUGGAAGAUUUGAUUUCGUCAUCGGCUGAGCUACUUCAAACCUUGGCUCGGGACCCCGACGCGAUCAAACAGUACUCGAAAGGAAUGGACAUCCUGCGGUGGCUUCACGAUCGUGACACUCAGCCAGAUACUGAUUACCUUGUGUCAGCACCCGUCAGUCUCCCGUUGAUCGGUUUGGUGCAACUUGCUCAUUACAUGGCCACCUGCAAGGCAAUGGGCAAGCAGCCUGGUGAGAUCUUGGAACGGUUCAGCGGUACCACCGGUCACUCUCAGGGUAUCGUCACGGCUGCGGUAAUUGCAACCGCAACGACAUGGGAGUCUUUUGGAAAGGCCGCCAAGAAUGCCUUGACGAUGCUAUUCUGGAUUGGAUUGCGUAGCCAGCAGGCUUAUCCACGGACGUCAUUGGCUCCUUCUACCCUCCAAGACUCGAUUGAACACGGAGAAGGAGUCCCAACACCUAUGCUGUCCAUUCGUGACUUGCCCCGCGCAGCCGUUCAAGAGCACAUCGAUGCGACUAAUCAGCACCUGCCCAAAGACCGCCACAUUGCCAUCUCUCUGGUUAAUAGCGCCCGGAAUUUCGUCGUUACCGGUCCUCCAAUUUCCCUCUACGGUUUGAACUUGCGACUCCGAAAAGUCAAAGCCCCCACUGGAUUGGAUCAAAACCGGGUGCCCUUCACCCAGCGCAAAGUCCGCUUUGUCAACAGAUUUUUGCCCAUUACGGCGCCAUUCCACAGCAAGUACCUCACCUCCGCUUUCGAUAUUAUUGCAGAAGACCUCGAGGACAUCCAAAUCCCCGCAAGCUCACUUCGCAUUCCUGUUUACGAUACCAAUACAGGUGUUGACUUGCGGCAAAGUGGGGAUAAAGAUGUUGUUCCCGCGCUGGUUCGCAUGAUCACAAGUGACCCUGUGAACUGGGAGAACGCCACCGUAUUCGAGAAUGCUACUCAUAUCGUUGACUUCGGUCCUGGCGGUAUUUCAGGUCUUGGGGUUUUGACCAACCGCAACAAGGAUGGUACCGGAGUUCGAGUCAUUCUCGCAGGAUCCAUGGACGGUACAAACGCUGAAGUUGGCUAUAAACCUGAGCUCUUUGAUCGAGAUGAGGAGCACGCGGUGAAAUAUGCGGUAAAUUGGGUCAAAGAAUUUGGUCCUCGUUUGGUCAAAACCUCUGUCGGUCAAACGUUUGUCGACACCAAGAUGAGUAGGCUUCUGGGUGUUCCGCCUGUCAUGGUUGCUGGUAUGACACCCACCACCGUCCCGUGGGAUUUCGUUGCUGCCACCAUGACCGCUGGUUACCAGAUUGAGCUUGCUGGGGGCGGUUAUUACAAUGCCAAAACUAUGACAGAGGCUUUGCACAAAAUCGAGAAAGCAAUUCCUCCCGGCCGUGGUAUCACUGUUAACUUAAUUUACGUCAAUCCCCGUGCGAUGGGUUGGCAGAUACCCUUGAUCGGCAAACUCCGCGCUGAUGGAGUCCCAAUUGAAGGUCUCACGAUUGGUGCCGGUGUUCCAUCUAUUGAAGUCGCAAACGAAUAUAUCGAGACCCUUGGUAUCAAACACAUUGGCUUCAAGCCCGGUUCCAUGGAGGCUAUCCAGCAGGUCAUUAAUAUCGCCAAAGCCAACCCAACUUUCCCAGUUAUUCUACAAUGGACUGGUGGUCGCGGCGGUGGUCACCAUUCCUUUGAGGAUUUCCACCAGCCGAUCUUGCAGAUGUACAGCCGUAUCCGUCGAUGUGAUAAUAUAGUAUUAGUUGCCGGUAGCGGCUUUGGUGGCGCUGAAGAUACUUACCCAUAUUUGACCGGUACUUGGUCUAGACAGUUCGGCUAUCCUUCCAUGCCCUUUGAUGGAUGCAUGUUUGGCAGUCGUAUGAUGACAGCGAAGGAAGCACACACCUCUAAGGCGGCGAAGGAAGCUAUUGCUGCUGCCCCGGGUGUCGAUGACAGUGAGUGGGAGAAGACCUAUAAUGGCCCUGCUGGCGGUGUCAUCACGGUGCGAUCUGAGAUGGGCGAACCAAUCCACAAGCUUGCAACUCGUGGUGUUUUGCUCUGGGCUGAGAUGGACAAGAGAAUCUUUGCUCUGGACAAAGCCAAGCGUCUUCCCGAACUUAAGAAGAAUCGCGACUACAUCAUCAAAAAGUUGAAUGACGACUUCCAGAAGGUUUGGUUCGGUCGUGACUCCUCCGGAAAUACCGUCGAUCUUGAAGAUAUGACUUAUGCGGAGGUCGUCCACCGUAUGGUUGAUCUGAUGUAUGUGAAGCACCAGUCACGAUGGAUUGAUGACUCUUUGAAACGCCUCACCGGCGACUUUAUCCGUCGUGUCGAAGAACGGUUCACAUCUACCGAAGGACAAGCAUCUCUGCUUCAAUCUUACUCUCAACUCGAUAAGCCAUACCCCGCUGUUAAUGAUAUUCUCAAGGCAUACCCCGAGGCUUCCUCCCAACUCAUUAGCGCCCAAGAUGUGCAACAUUUCUUGCUGCUCUGUCAAAGACGAGGUCAAAAGCCAGUCCCAUUUGUCCCUGCACUCGAUGAAAACUUUGAGUUCUGGUUCAAGAAGGAUUCCCUCUGGCAGUCUGAAGAUCUUGAGGCUGUCGUGGGUCAAGAUGUCGGCCGCGUUUGUAUCUUGCAAGGCCCGAUGGCGGCCAAAUACUCGAAUAGCGUCGACGAGCCGGUUAAAGACAUUCUUGAGGGUAUUCACCGCAAUCACAUCAAGGGUCUCAUCCGCGAUGUCUAUCGCGGAGAAGAAUCUAACGUCCCUGUUGUGGAAUAUUUCGGCGGUCGCUUGCUUCUUGAAAACGAGGAUGACCGUGACAUCGACGGCCUGACCGUUUCCGAAGACUCGACAAAGAUUUCUUACAGGCUAUCUUCCUCUCCUUCUGCAAAUCUGCCUGAUCUUGAGCGUUGGCUCCAUCUCCUUGCCGGAAAAGCGUAUUCCUGGAGACACGCCUUUUUCACCGCCGAGGUGUUCAUCCAAGGCCAUCGCUUCCAAUCUAACCCAAUGAAGCGCCUUCUUGCUCCUACACGUGGAAUGUAUAUUGAAAUUGCCAACCCGGAUACGCCACAGAAGACGGUUAUCAGCGUUCGAGAACCCUCCCAGUCUGGUAAAUUAGUGAAAACCGUUGAAGUCCGGAUGAGCAAUAAAAAUGAGAUCUCUCUGACGCUCUACGAGGGAAGGACGGCCGAAAAUGGCGUUGUUCCACUGGUGUUCCAAUUCGUUUAUCAUCCGGAAACUGGCUAUGCACCGAUCAGAGAGAUAAUGGAAGGCCGCAAUGAUCGCAUCAAGGAGUUCUAUUAUCGUAUUUGGUUUGCCGAGAAAUCUGUUCCAUUUGCUACGCCUGCUACCAGCGUGUUUGAUGGAGGAUCCACAACCGUGGUCACCAAGGAUAUUGCUGACUUCGUGCAUGCUGUCGGGAAUACUGGUGAAGCCUUUGUUGACCGCCCGGGCAAGGAGGUAUAUGCUCCUAUGGAUUUCGCUAUUGUUGUUGGAUGGAAAGCAAUCACAAAGCCAAUUUUCCCUCGCGUCAUUGAUGGAGAUCUUUUGAAGUUGGUGCAUUUGUCAAAUGGUUUUCGAAUGGUUCCUGGGGCGGAGCCAAUCAAAGUUGGCGACGUUUUGGAGACUACUGCUCAGAUCAAUGCGAUUAUCAACCAAGACUCCGGAAAGAUGGUUGAGGUCUGUGGUACAAUCAAGCGAGAUGGCCAGGCGAUAAUGCAUGUCACGAGUCAGUUCCUUUACAGAGGCACGUAUACCGAUUACGAGACGACAUUCCAGCGCAAAGAGGAGGUGCCUAUGCAGGUCCAUCUGGCGUCAACCAAGGAUGUCGCGGUUCUUCAGUCUAAGGAAUGGUUCCGCCUUGAUGACCCUGAUGUGGAGCUUCUCGGGCAAACUCUCACUUUCCGCCUUCAGAGUACCGUUCGAUUCGAGAACAAGACUGUCUUCCAUAGCGUUGAGACAAUGGGUCAAGUGCUCUUAGAACUGCCAACCAAGGAAAUCAUCCAGGUUGCGUCGGUCGAAUACGAAGCUGGAACUUCCCAUGGAAAUCCUGUAAUUGACUACUUGCAGCGCCACGGCCAGUCUAUCGAGCAGCCCGUUCACUUCGAGAAUCCCAUCCCACUUAGCGGCAAGACACCACUUAUCCUGAAAGCUCCUGCAUCCAAUGAAACCUAUGCACGCGUCUCGGGAGAUUACAAUCCCAUCCACGUUUCUCGUGUAUUCUCUAGCUACGCAAAUCUGCCUGGGACCAUCACACAUGGCAUGUAUACUAGUGCUGCAGUCCGAAGUUUAGUCGAAACCUGGGCCGCUGAAAACAAUAUUGGUCGUGUUCGCAGCUUCCAUGCCUCCCUUGUUGGUAUGGUUCUUCCCAAUGAUGACCUUGUUGUCAAGCUUCAGCAUGUGGGUAUGAUUGCCGGACGAAAGAUCAUCAAGGUCGAGACGAGCAACCAAGCAACGGAAGACAAGGUCUUGCUUGGUGAGGCUGAAGUUGAGCAACCCGUCUCUGCUUAUGUAUUUACUGGCCAGGGUUCUCAAGAGCAAGGUAUGGGUAUGGAUCUCUACAACUCGAGUCCUGUUGCGCAAGAGGUCUGGGACCGCGCCGACAAGCAUUUCCUGGAGAAUUAUGGUUUCUCUAUCAUCAACAUCGUCAAAAAUAACCCGCGUGAAUUGACCAUUCACUUUGGUGGCCCACGAGGAAAGAAAAUACGACAGAACUAUAUGUCCAUGACUUUCGAAUCGGUUAACGCUGAUGGCACGAUCAAGUCAGAGAAGAUUUUCAAGGAAGUUAAUGAACAGUCAACUUCUUACACGUAUAGGUCGCCAUCUGGCCUCCUCUCCGCGACACAAUUCACCCAGCCUGCUCUGACCCUCAUGGAAAAAGCCAGUUUCGAGGAUAUGCGGUCCAAGGGUUUGGUUCAGCGUGACAGUUCAUUUGCUGGACACUCCCUUGGCGAAUACUCUGCCCUUGCUGCCCUUGCUGACGUUAUGCCCAUCGAGAGUUUGGUGUCCGUUGUGUUCUACCGCGGAUUGACCAUGCAGGUGGCUGUCGAACGUGAUGAGCAAGGUCGAUCCAACUAUUCCAUGUGUGCUGUCAAUCCAAGCCGCAUCUCUCCGACAUUCAACGAGCAGGCUCUUCAGUACGUGGUUGAGAAUAUUUCUCAGGAGUGUGGCUGGUUACUGGAGAUUGUCAACUAUAACGUCGCCAACAUGCAAUAUGUUUGUGCUGGAGAUGUAUGUUUUUGUCCACCUUGUACUCCCGUGUUGCUGAGCUAGUGCACUAAUAGUUUUACAGCUUCGAGCUCUUGACUGCCUUACGAAUGUCCUUAAUGUUCUCAAGGCUCAGAAGAUCGACAUCCAAGCGUUGAUGAAGACCAUGUCUCUGGAAGACGUCAAAGCCCAUCUCGUCGAAAUCAUCAAGGAAUGCAGAAAACAAACCGAAGCAAAGCCUAAGCCACUCACCCUUGAGCGUGGUUUCGCUACAAUCCCUCUGAAGGGAAUCGACGUGCCAUUCCACAGUACCUUCCUUCGCUCUGGCGUGAAACCUUUCAGAUCUUUCUUGCUCAAGAAGAUUAAUAAGUCCACCAUCGAUCCCAGCAAGUUGAUCGGCAAAUACAUUCCCAACGUCACUGCACGUCCUUUCCAGAUCACCAAAGAGUACUUCGAGGAUGUGUACCGACUUACCAACUCUCCUCGCAUCGGCCAUGUAUUGGCUAACUGGGACAAAUACGAAGACCCCUUGGACGCUAGGAAUUAAAAGCAUCAAAGACGUCCAGUUCUUUCGUAAUUUUUGAUUACAUGCCCCAACACCCCCUUUUUUUCCACCUUUCUUAAUAUUCCCUGCACUACGUAUGAAUAUAGAGCUUCUUAAUACAAAAAUUAUGGUACAUGUGCGCUAUCGAUGUUUCUUUCCUACAGCUUUAUUUUUCUGAAUGCUCCCCUUUUGCCAUUGAUCUGGAACAUGUUUUUUGACUGUGUUUGAUUAAGUGUCUAUGUGAUUUUGAACUGUUGAAGAACGCCUGUGUAAUGAGAAUGAGAUCAUGCUCUGAGAUAGAUAAAUAAAGAGUUCCCUGAUUUUCAAAGCCUCAUCAUUGCUCAGCAAGAAUUCAAUAUACAUAUAGGAAUAUCCCGUG